GUUUAUUAAAAAAAACCCGAACAACUGGUAAUAUUCUUGAAUGCUGUGAGAUCACAUAUACAAGCAAUAGACCAACAGUUGUUAGGGUUUUGAGUGGUUUUGUCUGUGAAUGUUUUAAGUACUGCAGGGAACGAAAAGAAAGCAACCAGUGGAAUAAUUUUCAUCUGGUAUUACUGUUCAGAUUUAAAUGUAUUCUAGCAUGUUUAUUUCAAAGACAGUGAAAUUUAGCUAACUUUUGUUUUGUUGCUGUCAAACAUGAUAGCACUGACUUAAGUGAGAUUCUCAUCCUGUUUCUCAGCAACUACUUACCAAGCUGUCUGCAGUUUUCCUAAAUUUUGUUAAAUAUAGGAUGUGUUAGUGUUUUGAAACGUUAAGGUAGCUAUAACAACUCCUAAAAUAAGGAAAUUAAAAUUAAACAUGGAAAUUAAAAAAAAAAAAACACCAAAACAAACAAAACCAAAACCCGCGGGGUUUUUUAACAUUUCUUGUGGGUUAUUGAAAAUCUAAUUUGCAGGUACAAUGGAACAAAGAUCAAAACAGUUUUCUUCAGAGGUUCAGACAGAAGUAUGUAGUUUGUUCAGCCAGUUCAGCAGUUACAUUCUGCUGCAGAACAAUUUGAUGGCAAUAUAUUGAUGUAUUUCUAAAUCAUCUGUACAUUUAUUUCAUUAGAAAUUAAAAAAUACCAUACAAAACCCUUGAAACCCCCACCAAAUCCCCCCCAAACCUCUCCACGUCCUGUAGCCUCUAAGAAUCUUUGAGAGGAAGUUUUGUUUCCUAGUUGGUGUGUUGCUUGAAUACCCUAAAUAUUCAAGUCUUGCAAGCUUGGGCUCACAGGAGAGUUCUGGAAGAGGUCUGACCCAGAAGAUGGUUUUGCUGGCUUUUGACUUGCUUACUCCUCUAGAAACUUCGCUCUGAAUGUGCUUUUCCUCUCCUGGAGACUCACUGCUAUGCCAAGCAAACUUGUGCUCUCGUACCUGUGCCACGUGCUGGCUGUUAGUAAAGCAGGGAAGCCUUCUGCAAAGAGGCAUUCUGCAUUGCCCUCGGAAUGAGCUGGGAGAAAAUAAGCUUCAAAGGGUUUCUGAAAACAGCCUUUUGCAAUUAAGGAAAUAGCUGCUUUUCACUUUUAUUUCAAUCUUCAUUAAUAAAAUCUAAAAUGCCUGGUUGUGCAAAUACCUAUUUAAAAAUAAAAUAAUGGGAGCUUGUUUUAUGUAAGGAGUCAAUUGCAUGUAUAGGUACUUUGGGCAUUAGUAUGUUUUAAGUUUCCUUUAAAAGUUAACGGUAAAUAAAGUCAUCGUUUUCAGAGGAAAUAGCUCACCUUUUAUUUUUAACAGCAUCAAGAGUGAGACUAGAUCAGAAGAUAAAAUCUCAGCUGCUAUAAACCCAUCAAAGCACAUACAUUUUGCAACGAUACGCAUGUCUGAAACGUGGCACAGGCAGUUUCCAGCUGAAAAAAGAUGCUGUGUGAAGGAACAGAAAACCUAAUGAAAAGGGACAGCCUGGUUUUACACGGUCUGGCAGGAGAGUAGCACUGUGCUGAGAUUAGGGGACUGAGCAAAAAGCUGGCAUGCAGAAUUGCGGGGUUUUACAUAACGGCUUUAGUAAAUAUCCUUUAGGACCCAGUGGAAAUGUUUGGUGAGGCAAACUUCACGAGCCAUGGCCAAUCAUUUAGCGGUGAUGAGGGAGAAGCUCUGAGUGAGAAGCCUCUGAAAGCCUGUGGAAAACACCACGUCAGGAAAGCGGCGGUUCUACCACUCAUCGCCCAUGGACACUCGACGCUGGAAUUUGAAUUGAUUCAAUGUUUAAACCCAGGGGGACUUAUACGACAGGAGCUUACUGGAGUACAGAGUGCCCGACUGCUAUUUCCAGCAAGAUGCCUUAUUUUGCAAAACUCCUUUUAUUAAUCUUUUGCUUAGUUCUUCUUGUGGAAAGCAGAAAGCACAGGAGGAGGAGGUGGACAAGCCAGCUGGAGGUACAGAGGGCGAGUCACAUCUACAUGAAGAACCGUGAUGUAACCAAAACCUGGAAAGGAAAGACAGAGCAGCUUCUCAGAGUCGAUGACCAUGACUUCACCAUGCGGCCGGCUUUUGGAGGCCCUGCAAUUCCUGUUGGGGUGGAUGUGCAAGUUGAAAGCUUGGACAGUAUUUCUGAGGUUGACAUGGAUUUCACUAUGACACUGUACUUAAGGCACUACUGGAAGGAUGAGCGUCUCUCAUUUCCCAGCACCACCAACAAGAGCAUGACCUUUGAUGGCAGGCUGGUGAAGAAGAUCUGGGUCCCCGAUGUCUUCUUUGUGCAUUCCAAAAGGUCCUUUAUUCACGAUACCACCACAGACAACAUCAUGUUGCGAGUGUUCCCUGAUGGUCACGUCCUCUACAGCAUGAGGAUCACAGUGACAGCAAUGUGCAACAUGGACUUCAGCCGCUUCCCCCUGGACUCUCAGACAUGUUCUCUGGAGCUGGAAAGCUAUGCUUACACUGAUGAAGAUCUGAUGCUGUAUUGGAAAAAUGGGAAUGAAUCUCUGAAAACCGAUGAAAAGAUUUCUUUAUCUCAGUUUUUGAUACAAAAAUUCCACACUACAUCGAGACUGGCUUUCUACAGUAGCACAGGUUGGUACAAUCGCCUCUACAUAAACUUCACUUUACGCCGACACAUCUUCUUCUUCUUGCUCCAAACCUACUUCCCCGCCACCCUCAUGGUCAUGUUGUCCUGGGUGUCCUUCUGGAUCGAUCGCCGAGCAGUUCCUGCCAGAGUCUCUUUGGGGAUCACCACCGUGCUAACCAUGUCCACGAUCAUCACUGGGGUGAACGCCUCCAUGCCUCGUGUUUCCUAUAUCAAAGCAGUGGACAUUUACCUGUGGGUCAGUUUUGUGUUUGUCUUCCUCUCAGUGCUGGAAUACGCGGCUGUGAAUUACCUGACUACGGUGCAAGAGCGGAAGGAGAGGAAACUGCGGGACAAGUUUCCAUGUAUGUGUGGAAUACCUCAUUCGAAAACUAUGAUGCUGGAUGGAAACUACAGUGAAUCUGAUGCCAACAGCCUGGCAGGAUAUACAAGAAACCAGAUGGUCCCAGAGGAAGAAAAACAAGAAAAGAUGGUUGUGCACUUAGCUAUGAGCAAUGAAUCUAAUUCAUCAAGGAAGAGAGGCUUGAAGGGCCAUGUGGGCUUGCGCAUUAUCCAGAACACUCAUGCAAUUGAUAAAUACUCAAGAUUAAUAUUUCCAGGCACCUUUAUAUUUUUUAAUUUGAUAUAUUGGUCUGUCUUUAGCUAAGCAUGCUGGCUCAGCAGUGACUGAAGCAGAAGACAUUUACAAAACUCUCUUUUGUUGGUUCUUUUUCAUCCUAACCUGGAUGCAAAGCCAGAAAACUGAUUAUUUUAUUGCUUCUUUGGAGGGUAAAGGGCAGGGCACAUCCUCCAGUGGGCAACUUCAUGCGCAGGCAUCAUGGAGGUACCUGCUGUUCUGGUUGCUUUCCAACCCACAUCCCAGUUCCCACUUCCAUUAAGACACGUCUUUUCUCAUACUUGAAAAUAUGUGCUCACCGUUCACCCAAAAGGUGCUGUAUGUUCAUUUGGGGCUAGCCAUGCUGGUGGCCCGCCGUGCAAUGGACAACCGGAGACAGUGCUCAUGUGGGCUGUCAGGGAUUAGACUACUGCAGCUUGCAAGGGGAGGUCUGGACAGUGCAUCUCCUGCAAGGGAACUGAAUGAGGCCUUUCCUUUUCAAAAUCUCUGCUUUUGAGAAAAUAAUUUUAUUUAUCUUUGACAUAUGAACUUCAUGUUUUGUUCCAUUGGUUUAUGAAAAAGACCUCCUUUUAGGGUCCAAAUUCUGCUUUCUCUGGAUAGGACCUUCAUCCAUACCCUUAGGACAGUCGGCUGGCCAGGGUCAACAGGGCUGGUUACGUGCUGAUGGUAUGUUUGAGUCGGUGGUCAUUUUUUUUCCAGAUUAGAAGCAAGGAGUGAUGAUGAAGCAGAGCAAAGAAGUCCACAGACUCACAGAAGAUGGCUCCCAGGGUAUAUGGGCAAUGAAAACAGGGAGAUGUAGACAUGUGUUCUCCCUGUAACGAGCACAGCACGUGAUAUGUGGCACCUGCCCGCCGAGAGGGGAAGCUGACGUGUAGCAUGUACGGUCAGCACAUGGUGAGUGGGCAGUGUCGCGGGGAUCAUCACUUUCUCUCUCCAGAAGCAGAAAACAGUGUUGGAGGCAGCACUGGUGGCUUUCAUGUAUUUUCCUCAGCCCUGUGAGGAAACUGAAGCCCACAGAGAAGCUGUAUAUCCCAAUGUGCCUCUCCCAGUCAACAUGUUGUUCUUCUGUUCAGCUGCUUUGGAUCAAGAGGGAGAGGUGUCUGCCAGAACAUCUCUCUGCAGAAGCACAGGCAUGUCAGAGAUUAGUGAAUAAUCCUGUGGGCUCCAAGGUCGAUGUAAGCUCUUUGAAACUGCUGGAGAGCAUUGUAACAUGCUUCUGUGCUUGGCAUUUCAAUUUUUAUCCCGUGAUAUCUCCUUUUCCUUUGCUAACAACACUGGCAGCAAAACCCAAAUGUAGAAACAUGAUAGCAACAAGACAAUGAUGUACAGGUUUGUGUGCUUCUUAUUUUUAGAAAACACGGUGACUUUUUGGCUGUGGUAGAGGUUGUGUUCAUCAAAAUAUUUGUUUACCAAGCUGCAACUCAGCAGGGUGGGCAGAGCCUGAAUCACGAAGACCCAAGACUGAGGUUAGAAGCUGACUCAAUGAUAAGAUUGUUAUACAUCUGUCUGGGGUCGGGCCAUGAAGAUUCAGAUAAAUCACAAAAAUAAAGAAAAAGCAAACAAAAAUACUAAUAAAAACAUAACUAUUUUUUGGUGUAUGAAAUUUUCUGCUUACUGUAGCAGUAAUUCUUAUGUCCUAAAUCUCAAGGGAUGUAGAAGAUGGCAGGGAAGUGUCAACUCCGGGCUGUCAACAAUACCCAGGUUUUCCCUUGUGCCUCAGAAAUUGCUUCCUGAGUCACCCUGAUGGUUGCACUGAUUUACUGGAAACAAAAAUGAUGACAGAAACUAAAAUGAACUGUGUUCUCCUUUCAUCAGCCACGUUAAUAACUGACAUGAAUGGAGUUCUGUUCUUUCAUAGAAGUAAGAACAGUGAAAAAAGCCCUGAAAUUACUGGCAAGAAGAGGAGCCAUGGAAGGAGAGUAUCUGAAAGGAAGGACUGCCCUGCAUCCCAGCCUGCCACUUCUUUCCUGAGGCACCAGGUCAGUGCGUUUACCACACAUAGCUCUUCUUGGAGCUGAAAUCGGGACACUUCUCACAUUGACAGAUGGAGAUCACUACAAUAAAGAUGCAAAAAUAUUAAAGAAAUUUCCCACUCAUCUUUUGAGAGGUUGAAGCCUGGACGUAAGAGUGUGCAUUCUUCAGUUUUGAGUGUAAGACUGGAACCAAUGCCACUGCUGGCAGCAGGGCAGCACAGCGAAGGGACCUUUGCUGGGGGAAGGCAGCAGCACUGCACCAUGAAGUCACCAGUGUGGGGAGUGAGAAACUCGGUUCCUGUGCUCCCUGUUUUGCCAGUCUUUCUGCAUUACCCAUGGCAUGUGCCAUUUAACCUGUCAGUGCCUCAUCUCUCCACCUGGAAAGUGGGGAGCAAUGACAUUUACCUACCUCAGAGGUGCUGAAGGGCUUAACUUGCUUAGCUAGCAUGUGUUUGGGGCACGGUUACGAUUUCUGAGAAGGUCACUCAAUCCAAAGGUUUUUGUCGUAGUUACCAGUGAGUUCUUCAAACGUGUCCCCUGAAUCAGUCCAGCUGGAAGAAAGCGGGUAUCUCCCCUGCCUUAUAAUGAUAUUAAGCCAGAUAACUCCCCCACAUUAUAAUGAUAUUAAACCAGAGAUAAAUGUAGCCCAACAGCCAAAAAGUGAGCACGCACUGUCAGCGAAUAAUGCCUCCUGGCAUACAAAAAAGAGACGUCCUAGUGCUUUACUUUGCCAUUUGUUUUUAUCACACCUCCUGUUCCCUCAGAAGUUACGUGGCAACAAAGACAGAACUUUAGAUCCUAUCAUCUCUGUACUAGCACAGCCUGUAGUCCAAAUGUUAGCUAAUAAACAUAUUUUGGAGAGGCUACCUUACUGUUAUUUUAUAUGCAUGUGUACAUAACUGAUAGAUUGAUGUCUAUUUCUACCAGACAUAAUUAUACAGCCUAUAAAACCAUCAAGAAGGGUAUUUUUCCAUUAAAGGAAAAAAACAAAUAAAUGUUUAUUUUAGGCACCACUUACACUUAUUCAUUAAAAAAUUAGAUGAAAAAUAUAGAUGCAAAUAAAACAAAGACAUCUCCUUCAGGAGGUGUAUGAAUUGUAUUUUUCUGCUUAUUAAGGGGAAAGCAGCUAGGCCAGAAGCUAGAACAAAUAUCUAAAGUGUGGUAUUGACAAUGUAUUUUACCUUUCAUCUCCCCUGGAUUACAAGAGACACCAUGAGCACUGACUUCUAGUCGCAAGAUUCACUGUUUUGAGAAACAGUGCCUGAAGCUAGGCUCUGAAUACUGUUUGAUGGAUACAACCCAAUUCUGUGAAGCACUGAGCAUCUGGACAAUUAACCUACCAAAGGACAGGAUUUUCAGAAGCGUACAAGAGAUCUGGGCAAAUGAAGCCACUUAAUGAAUAUGCCUUCUCUGAGUAACCUGCUCCAAUGGCAAAGAAAGAAAAUGUUAGCCUUGCUCAUUCUGCAUCUGGCUCCAUUGUACUUUGACUUACUUCUAACCCAAAUCAUGUUUUUGAAAGAAAGUAACUCUAUAUAAAUAUAUGUACACAUACAUAUAAUGUCUAUGCAGGUAGCAUAUAACAAACGAAGAUGCUGGGUCACGUACCUAUGUUAAAUAGUGUACAUAUGUGAAAUUGUAAUAUAUCGUAUGUAAAUCGCCAUUUAUUAUUCCCAGAAAACUUAUUAUGUUGAACUGAAAAAGGCUCUUAUUGCAAGCCAAGGGCCAAGAAAUGAGGUAUUGGCAAAAAUUAUAGGUUCUUUCACAUUUUCCUUCUGAAAAAGGAAGUGUUGAGGAGUUUGCAAGAAAGACUGAUGUUAAACUUGAUGUACAGUAAGUACUGUGCUGAUUGCUGUAAUCAAACCUGGUAAUAAAAUGAUGGAUGGAAAG